UGUAUAGAUAAUGGAUGGAUACAAAUGAUUAUAUUAAUUAAGUAAUAUUAUCAGAUGCUUUAUGACUUACACCCUUGUUUUUAGUCUCAAGUCCUUGUCAAAAAUAUGUCAAGGGAUGGGGAAAAAAGGGAUAGUUUUGAAAAUACUUUAUUACUUUUGUCUAAUUGAAUACCUUGGAUUUUUAUUUUCUGCUUCUGUGUGCGUGCCCACCUAGAGAGUGCUUGCGCUCAGUCAUCAUGAUGAGUGAGGAGCCAGAGGUGUCCUGCCCCUACAGAGAUGACACUUAUUCCUGUGCCCGCUCCCUGCAGGAGAGGGAGAUCAGAGCCCUGGUGCCAGCAGAGGAGUAUGAGCGCUGGCUGCAGAGAGGACUUUCAGUGGCAGAGUCUCGGUGUGAGGGCAGCUAUCAUUGUGCAACUCCAGAUUGUCUGGGCUGGUGUGUUUAUGAGGAUACUGUCAAUGUCUUCCACUGCCCUGUCUGCAGGAAACACAACUGUCUGAUUUGCAAGUCUAUUCAUGAGGGAAUGAACUGUAAGCAAUACCAGGAUGAUCUAGCAGCCCGCGCUAUAAAUGACUCUGCUGCGAGAAGGACAACACUUCUGCUAAAGACUCUUGUGCAGUCGGGGGAGGCCAUGCACUGUCCCCAGUGUGGCAUCAUUGUGCAGAAGAGGGACGGAUGUGAUUGGCUGCGCUGCACUGUCUGUCACACUGAGAUCUGCUGGGUAACCAGAGGGCCUCGCUGGGGGCCGAGGGUAAGAAAUCCUUCCUUUCUAUGCUCAAUACAUUCUUUCUCUCUAAUUUGUCACCUUAAAUCCUCCACUGUCUGAAUUUGUAAGCUGUUAUUUAGGAGACC